UCUCUGUCUGUGUCUGUCUCUGCUCUCACUGCAGAUUAUGGAGAGAUUGGUUGAUUGAUUAUCAGAGAGUAACUUUACCAACGCUACCUCUGCUAGCUUCUCUCUGUGGUGAGGAGACAGAGAACACAGGGAGAGGAGAGGACAGACGAGAAAGAGAAGAGUGGAGUGAAGAAGCAGGGAAGAGUAUCAAAAGAAGAGGUGAGGACUGACUGAGGAGAGUGGGAGGACCAGGCCUGGACUGAUACAGGAAGAGCGGUAGAGAGGGAGGGUGUUGACCCCGUUGCCCCGCUGUUGGGAUAGUUACAAUGGAAUCGCCUCCAUUGAUGUACCACGGGGCAAUCAGUAAACUGGACUGUGAGGAUCUGCUGGGGAAGAAGGGGAAGGAUGGAGCCUACCUCAUCAGAGACAGCGAAACAAUCCAAGGAGCCAUGUGUCUGUGUGUCUAUAAAAAGAAGGUGGUGUAUACCUACAGAAUCCUCCAGACCCACACUGGAAGCUACACCCUGCAGACAGCGUCUGGUGUAGAGGAGAAAUUCUUUAAGACGUUAAAGGAGCUGGUCCGCCAUUAUAAGCGUCGGGGGCAGGGAUUGGCUCAGCAUCUGCGCCACUCAGUCAAGCGGAAGACACUGCUACAACUUCCCGCCCCCAAUGUCAUCGACGAGGUGCCUGAUUAUGAAAAUGUGGAUGCAUCAGACUACGUUGUUGUCCUGCCCUCUUGAUUCAGCAGCACACCCCUGACCUACAUCAUCUAUGAGCCUGUAAAUAUCUAGGUGUGGUGCCCGCAGGCAGGUUUUUAUUUUUUUUUUUAAAUCCUGAUGCCAUGGGCGGAUUGGUCAUCUGCCAUUUGCUCGAAAUGCCAGAUGAGCUGGUCAAAUGUUAACCCAUAGGGCCUGUCUAAUUCAUUUCUUCUUUUUAGGUAAAUUAUCAUUAUCUGGCUAAUACUGUAAUUGGGGCCUCUAAGGAAAAAAAUGGGCUGGUGUUAGAAAUGCCAGGGCUGAUUUUUGGUCUCAGUCCGCCCCUUCCUUAUGCAAUGUGUUGUGUGCUGUUCUGUGUGCUAUGGAUACAGAAGAUUGUCAGAGAGAAUAGUGUUUGUCUGGUUGUUGAAGUGGAAGUUCAAAUCUAAUUUUAUUUGUCACAUGCAUGGAAUACAAUGUGUGUAGACUUACUGUGAAAUGCUUGCUUAUGAGCCCUUUCCUACUAUGCUGAGUCAAUUUUUUAAAAUAUAUUUAUAUACUAUAAAAUAUAUAGUAACACAAGAGGAAGAAAAAAACACGAAUGAAGCUAUAUCAUAAAAAUAAUAUUUUGUUGGGUGCUUAUAUUUGUCCUGUCUUACACAUCUACAGGUGUGUAUUAAUACGCAUGUGUGAAUUGGAAAUGAGUUUUUUGCAUAAUCCACUCUCCCGGAGACACCUUCAGAGAGUGGGGUAACAGGGAGUACCAGUAUCAGUACCAUAUCAAUGUAUAGAAGUACAAGGUUUUUGAGGUAGAUAUGUACAUAAAGGCAGCGUAAAGUGACUAGGCAUCGGGAUAGAUAAUAAUAAGAGUGAAAUAAAGAACAGAGCAGCAUAUGUGUGUGUGUGGCGUCAGUAUGCGUGUAUGUGUUGUGCGAAUGUAGUGUAUCUAAAUGUAUGUGGGUUUGUGAGAGUCAGUGUAUGUAUAAUAUGUAUAUAUCAUCUUGUGAGUGAAUACUAUCAGUGCACAUAUGGAGUGUGUGAAACAUCCCAUAGAAACAUUAAUAUAUUUUUGUCACUAUG